AUGGAGACGGCCAACAGAACUGAAGUACGCGAAUUCAUUUUGGUGGGAUUUAGAGUUGGGCAACAGGAACGAUUGCUGCUCCUCAUCUUUUUCACCAUUCUCUACCUGUUCGCUGUGGCUGAGAACCUCACCAUCAUCCUACUGGUGUUUCUGGACACCCACCUGGCUCAGCUUCCCAUGUACAUCCUGCUGAGCAACUUCUCUUGGCUGGAGAUCUGUUAUCUGAGCUCCAUUGUGCCUCGAAUGCUCUUCGACCUGCCUUCUCCUCACAGAGUCAUCUCUUUCCAUUCCUGCUUCCUUCAGUUCUACUUCUUCUUCUCAUGUGGAAAUACCGAAUGCUUCUUCCUCUCAGCCAUGGCCUUGGAUCGUUACUUGGCCAUCUGCCACCCACUGCGUUACCCACAACUUAUGUCCAAAGAUUCCUGCUACACUCUUGUGGUUGCUUGUUGGGUUGGUGGUUUACUGUGGUACCUUUUCCCAGUGGUUUUGAUCUCCAAGAUGUCCUUCUGUGGUUCCAACAUCAUAGACCACUUUUUGUGUGAUCCCGGGCCAAUUUUGUCUCUGGCCUGCCCUCCGCUAGGGAUUACUCCCUAUAUCUUCCAGGUUUUUAUGAAUACUGUGUGUGUAGGCAAUGUCUUGUUCAUUGUACUAUCCUAUGGCAAUGUGAUUUUCACCUUGAUGAAGACCUCAAACCGAGGCAGUCGUAAGAAAGGCUUCUCCACCAUAUCAAUGCACCUUGUGGUGGUGACCAUUUUCUAUGGCUCUGGGUCAGGGAUGUAUUUAUCUGCAGGUUCAGAAAAUCCAACAGAGGUCACCAAGGCUAUAACACUGUUCUACACUUCCAUUACACCUUCUCUCAACCCCAUGAUUUACUGCCUGAGGAACGAUCAGGUAAAAGAGGCGCUGGGCAAUUUGCGGAGGACAAUGAUAUUGCCAAGAAGAAAAGUGUUGGUGUAA